AUGGAUACACCAGAAGAAGACGAUAACAGCUGUAGGUUUACUGCAAGUCGCUUGCAUCUGUUAGAACGAAUGUUUGGAUAUUGCGAAAUAAACUGGAAACUAGUUUCAGACGCUGGCAUACAAUUCAACAUACCAGGAGGAAGAACAGCAACUGCAGAGUACAUAGUUGAGUUGAUGGGUGCGGAGUACGGUAUAAGCAGCGCAAUAGCCAAAGAAGCAUUCUCCCUUUGGAUGAUUUCGGGACUUUUGGGUUAG